AUUUAUGGCCAGGGGUCUGGCCUGGACUGUAGGCACCAUGUCCAGAAGUUAAACCUGCUGCAGGGUGAGGCAGAGGAAGCAAUGGGCUGGACAUCUCGGUGCAUAGAAGAAUCUGUAAAUGACAGCAAAAAUACAGGACUCCAACAUGAAGACAGUUUGGUCCAGCAGGAGGGAAGGCCAGAAGUCAGCCGCUGGAGUAAGUAUCUGGACAAGGACAGUGAAGAUCAGGAAGAUGGGGAGGAGGAAACAGAUACAGAAAGGCAACAGUUCUGUUCCUGGAGGAAGAACACUGUGGAAAAACGAAGGAAACAGCCAAAACGCUUCCUCUCCAGUGAUGCUCAGGAGUAUGCAGAGGAAAAUGGAGCUUUCCAGCUUGCCUACCGAACCAAAAAGGUUAAAACCUCUGAGGGCAAGAAAUGUUUAGUAGCAGUGGCUGACCAAGAUGAUGGAGAUGCUGUUUCUGGAGAGAGCACGGUUCCUGCUGUCUGUGAGUCCACAGUGCCUGUGGAGAAUACACAAACCCCAACUGCUUCUACCAAGUCCUCAAAGUGGGAAAAAUUUCUCACCUUGUCACCACAGGAGGGCAGUGGAAGGUUGGGGCUACACAGCACUGCUGCACUUGCCUCAAAACUGUCCAGCACCAGUUGCUCAGUUGAAGAGGAUGCGUUGUUCAAAGAACCUCAAAGCCAGUUGAUAAGGGCAGGAUCUGUCUUAGAGACUGCUUCGGGAAGGUGCUGUUGGGAGAGCCCUAGGAGGGCAAGCGCCCUUGUUAACUCUAACAUGGGGCCAAAGCCCAGCAGUGUUUCUUGCAAACAUCUCUUCUGCACAGGUGAGGAGUUUGAUGAUGAUCUCUGA